UCUCUGCUAAUAAGUCAUCUUUACUUUCAGCGAUCUAUGCUGGGUUUUCCUGGCAUUCCAGGAUCGAAUGGUAUACCUGGAGUGCCAGGAGUGCCAGGGCCACACGGACCCCAGGGAAGGGAAGGUGUAAAAGGACAAAUUGGAGAUAAAGGAUCACAAGGAAUGCCGGGUGCAAGAGGAGACAGAGGGCGCGAAGGGCCCCCUGGGAAGAGUGGACCCCGAGGAAUUAAAGGAGUGAAAGGUCAACAGGGACUUCUGGGAAUGAAAGGAGAGCAAGGCACUGUGGGGAAUCAAGGAAGAAAAGGAGACAAAGGAGAGAAAGGAGAAAGUGCCAAAGCAAGUCAAGCAAGUGUAGUACCACAAACCAACUGGAAACAAUGUGUGUGGAAAUCAAACACCGAAACUGACAACGGGAAGAUUAAGGUAAUCAGAAUAAGAAUCAUAACACACUUCAAAUGAAAUUAAUUCCUUUCUAAAUAAAAAUCUUUCUCCCCUCUCACUCACCGUUUCCCAGCACAUUGAGAUAAAUAACUAAGUUACAUUUCCCUCUACUUUGAUUCUUUUUGAACGAAAAAGGGAAAUCAUUGUGCGUGAUAAAAUGAUUCCUGGUCAUAUGAAUAUAAGGACAACAAAAAUUUAAGCUACAGAGUUUUUGUUGUUGUUGUUGUUGUUGUUUUUUUGUUUUUAACUAAGAAGUAUACUUGACUUCAGUAGUUAGUAUCAAUCAUUACACAAGGUUGCUCGCCCUACUACAAUAUGUUUUGUUUUGUUUGAUUUUAUUCCAGGACUGUGUGUUUAACAAACUGCAGUCUAAUUCAGCGCUUAGAGUCUCAUUCCAGGGAAACAUGAGGGUCAUGAGUGAUCAAAAGUGUAAUCGCUGGUAUUUCAAGUUCAAUGGAAAUGAAUGCAGUGGACCAAUAACGAUUGAGGCUGUUUUUUACAACUACUGGCCAUCUAAGACCAACCCUAGUCUGCUGCAUCAUCGUUCAUUUGAGGGAUACUGUGAAAACAUUUCACAAGUGGCUGUUAGAGUGGAAUUAUGGGUAGGAUGGUGUGGUGGCGUAACCUUGGGUGAUGCUUACACUGGGUGG